GGGGACAUUCUUAGCUUGGCACCAUAUCCGUGGGAACCGUGGCUGGCGGAGGGCUCGGUUUCCCGGACUGAUUUGGCUCGUCCCUCAAACACGAGCUCUUGAUUUCCCGUGAGCUCUGGUGACGGGAGUCCCUUUCUGCGGAAUCAGAAUCCGAAGGCCGAGCAGCGACCAAGAAGCUGCCCGACUUCGUUCUGUUGGAACAUGGGAACAUCGGUUUGCUAGGUGGAGGAGACGCCGGCCUGGACAAUUUUGGGAGCGUUUUUAUGAAUUUGAACUGAAGGCGUCAUACUCUCCGUAGCUAUGGCCGCGCUUUCAGUGACAGCUGGAGUGAAUUCAGCUCACUGCGUAUCGACUUCACGAUUUUUGCCGACAGUGUAUGCGCAGAGCGGUGCGAGUUUGGGGUCGGGUGUGAAUUUCCAGAGGAGAAGGGGCACUGAACAUGUUAGCGUUUUGUGCACGGGAUGCGAAUGUGUCCAUUUAUUGUCACCAGCUCAAGGAAAUGUCCAACCCUUAAUUAGAAUGUCCCUGCUGAAUGCCCAUUUUGACUCACGAAUGCGGAUCUCAUUCCGAGGUGUAGGAAGGAGAAGCUUGCUUGGCAAAGCAAUUUCUAGGAGAACCUGUAGGAAGGGGGUCCCUAAAUGCGUGGCAACUGCUGCCACUUCGACCGAGGACGUGACCGUGAGGUCAUUACUUGAAGAAGAUGAAGCCGAAGUGGUUCCUCCUCUAUCGAACAAGCCAGUGUUCACAAUGCGCCCACCUGUAAAGCCGACUACUAACGAUGAGAACAGUGUGCCCGCCCUGAAGCCAAAUCCUAGACCUCCAUUGAAGCUCAAACUCCGGAACUCUGCACCCUCCUCACCUGCCCAAUCUGGUAGAAUUAAUGGCGAUUCUGAAGGUACCAGCGCCAACCGUCUCACUCUAAAAGGCUCUGAUGCGGACAGGGAUACUUCUGAUGGACCUAACGCAGACUCUUCGUACAAGGCUCCCUACAGGCCAUCCGAGAAAUCUGAGCCAGGCAACUCAGUUCAAUCUCUAGGACAGAUUCUGAAAAAGGUGGAGGAUAUGGAGAAAGAUGCCCCCGCCGAAGCUCGGAAGCCUGCAUUUACUCCCUCAAACCGACCGAGGGUUCCUUCCAGAACUACCCCACAAGCAACUUCUCCACAAGCAUGGCGACCCGGACAGACACCAGCUGCAGCUCCGGCUCCAGAAGCUGGGCAAGAGACCAGUAGAAAUUCCGGAGCUGGAAGGGACAUGAUUCAGUCAUUUCGCCCCGAUGCUAACUUCCGAGCACAGCCCAGGACUACAACCGUCCGACCGAAGCCUGCAGCAGGUGCCUCUACAACUGAUGACAAGCCGGCGAGGAAGGGUCCAAUACUGAGGGACGUCGGUGCCGGACCCAGGACAUCUAGACCCUCUUCUUCAGCCGCUCCUGCAUCCACCACUGCCCCGCCCAAAUUCACGAAAGCUGCUCCUAUCAAAGGUAAGGAGGAUUGGAGAAAGAAAGCUGCAGCUGGUGUCUCCGAUGGAUCCAGACGAAGAAUGGUUUCCAAGAGCAAAGAUGCAGAUGCUGCAACUGGUGACCUUGACAUUGCAAUUCCCGGAGUCGGCUCAGGUCGAAGAGGUCGGAAGUUCACGAAAGCAAGUAGGAAGGCAGCUAAAGCUGAAUUGGCAAGAGCUGCCGCACCCGUGAAGGUAGAGAUUCUCGAAGUCGGAAAGGAGGGUAUGUCUGUACAGGAUUUGGCAGCCAAGCUCGCCAUAAAUGAUGGCGAGGUCGUGAAGACGCUGUUUAUGAAAGGCAUAGCGACCAUGGUCAACCAAACUCUAGACGAGGAAGCUGUCCGACUGGUGUGUAAAGAGUUCGAGGUGGAAGUUGUAGAAGCCGGAACACUGAAAGUGGAAGACAUGGCGAAGAAGUUAACCGAAUUUCUGGACGAGGAAGACUUAGACUUUUUGGAAAUUCGGCCACCUGUUGUUACGAUCAUGGGACAUGUGGAUCACGGCAAGACGUCUCUUCUAGACCAUAUCAGGAAGUCAAAGGUCGCUGCUGGGGAAGCGGGAGGUAUCACCCAAGGAAUUGGUGCAUACAGAGUGUUGGUACCGGUGGGCGAAGAGAAGCAAGCCUGUGUUUUCCUGGACACACCAGGACAUCAGGCUUUCAGUGCCAUGCGUGCUCGAGGAGCCCGUGUCACAGAUAUUGCUGUGAUCGUCGUAGCAGCAGACGACGGAGUCCGACCUCAAACUCUAGAGGCCAUAGCCCAUGCUAAGGCUGCCAACGUACCGAUCGUUGUUGCUAUCAACAAGAUCGACAAAGAUGGAGCAAACGCGGAGCGUGUGAUGCAGGAGUUAGCAUCAAAUAACUUGAUGAUCGAAGAUUGGGGAGGGGAUGUGCCAGCAGUCCAGGUCUCUGCCAAGACCGGGCAAAACGUGGACUCCCUGCUUGAAACUAUCAUGUUACUAGCUGAGAUCGCAGAUCUCCGUGCCAAUCCUGAUCGCAGUGCGAAGGGUACGGUCAUCGAGGCUUGCCUUGACAAGACACGUGGAACCCUUGCAACUCUUCUUAUUCAAAACGGUACACUGCGGAAGGGCGACGUUGUUCUAUGUGGCGAAUCAUACGGGAAGGUUCGAGCCCUUCUGGAUGACACCGGUGCACGAGUUGAAGAAGCUGGACCAUCGACUGCUGUCCAGGUGAUUGGAUUAAACAAUGUACCCGUAGCUGGAGAUGAGUUUGAAAUCUGUGACUCUAUUGAUGCGGCAAGAGACAGAGCCGCUGAACGAGCCAUCGCGAUCAGGGAACAACGUCUGGCAGAUCGAGCUGGCGAAGGCAAAGUUACUCUUGCCUCACUCGCCAAUGCAGUGGCAGCAGGGCAAGAAUCUGGAACCGAACAUCACCAGCUGAAUAUCAUCUUGAAGGUCGAUGUCCAGGGAUCUGUCGAGGCAAUCAGGGAGGCAUUGCAAGAGCUUCCUCAAGAUACAGUGGGGCUUCGUUUCUUAUUGCAAUCAGCAGGAGAAGUUAGUGCCAGCGAUGUUGAUCUUGCGAUAGCCAGUCAGGCUAUAGUUAUUGCAUUCAAUGUCGGCGUUCCAUCCGCCAUACAAUCCAUGGCAGAAAAGGAAGGCGUGGAAAUACGCGAGUACAAUGUCAUAUAUGAGCUUUUGGAUGACAUGCGAAAAGCCAUGGAGGGUUUAUUGGAAGUUGUCACGGAACAAAUCCCAAUCGGACAAGCCGAUGUUAGGGCAGUUUUCGGAAGCGGAAGUGGUCGUGUUGCCGGUUGUAUGGUCACUGAGGGGAAAUUAGUCAAGGGAUGUGGUGUGCGUGUUAUGAGGGGGAAUAAUGCAGUAUACACUGGAACGCUGGACUCAUUGAAGAGGGUGAAGGAGCUGGCGAAGGAGGUAGCCGCUGGAUUGGAAUGUGGAGUUGGUGUCACUGGAUUCGCCGAGUGGCAAGAAGGAGACAGAAUUGAAGCCUACAACGAGGUCGACAAGAGGCGAAGUUUAGAAGAAGCUUCUGUUAACACUGUGGACGCCACCGCUAGUGUAAGAACCACGUAAGAGCUAGACAAGAACCUGUAAAGUUAAGAUCGGUUGAGUAGAUCUGUAGGGGGGAAGGGGUACGAGCUAAGGCCUGUGAGAUGCGUAUCAACUUGGGCUGAGCUGCUUGUCAGAUCUAUCAACCAACUUGUCAGUGCAGACCUGGUCCUCAUGUCUGCUCAUGUUCAAAACCAUGGACUUUGCUGCUUUUGAAGGUAACUGAGGCAGCUUGUAUAUGUUGAAUUGACACAAUGAGCCGGAGAAGGUCUUCUUCAUAGUUUCAAAGAACCUGAAGGUUGCACCCUUCGGUCCAUCACAGUAGUGAGCCACAUUAAAAAUUCGGAGAUUAGAAGUCACUUCUCUGUUACUGCUGAGGAGUCUAUCCUUCCUACGCUUUUGGCUAAAAAGUCAAAACCCUAGCACACGUAGGGUUUCAACCAAUCGGGUUUCACACAUAUUCACUCUGAUUCUUUUAUGAAACUUGCCGACAAUUAUGUGCUCUUGCAGUGUUUUCUGCAGGGAAAGCUCUUUGUACACAUAUUUUUAAAUUUAGUUUCAUCGACGAAUUGUUCGACUAUAGAGAAUUCUACGG